AGUCAACAGCAACUCGGGCAUCCCCUAUUAACAGCCUACCUCUUUCUCUCUGCGGAUCCGGAUCUCGAUUUCGUCCGUCGAUCUCUCCGGCGGCAUCAAGGGUCGAACAUCUCCGGCGGUAUCUGCUAUUCCGAAAUAUUCUCGGUCCGGUAGUUUAUAGCACAGUCUGGAAUAAUGGCUCCGGUUUCGGCUCUGGCCAAGUACAAGCUGGUGUUCUUGGGUGAUCAGUCUGUGGGUAAAACCAGCAUCAUCACCCGCUUCAUGUACGAUAAGUUCGACAAUACUUAUCAGGCUACCAUUGGUAUUGAUUUUCUCUCAAAGACGAUGUACCUUGAAGACAGAACUGUUAGAUUGCAGCUAUGGUGAGGUUUCGGGACUUUAUAGUAUAGACUUGUUCAUAUGACCCUCAUUUUGCUAGAUUUUCCCUUCAUCGGCAUACCCUAUUGUAGACACUUAUAAUCUGUACAUUGCAACUAUUGUGUUACCAUCUAAGAAUCUAUCCAUUUCUGGAACCUUACUUGCGUCAUCUUGGCUAUAGCUUUCAGAUUAAUACACUAUUGACUUAAAAUUUGUUUUAUGCUAGUUCUUGGUAUUAUGCACAUGCAAAGAUCGCGUAAUGCAUGUGUGCAUAGUACUUAACAUGACUUCUCUGAUGUUCUUAUGUAAUGAUCUUAAGACUUGUGUAUACCGCAUUUUGAAGGUCAAGGAGUUGAUGCGCCAAAAGUUGGGAGUCUUUCUUGGUUAGGUAGAAAGCAAUUUCGGAUGCUUGUUGUAUGCAUUCCUUCUUUAGCACCUUUGAUUCGUAAUGUGAUCGAAAAUGUCCACUGCAUAAUAGUUCCUUACAAGGUGUUGUCAGGACUCAAAAAAUCUUAAUGGGACGUUGCAAUGGCCUACUGACUUUGCACAGACUUGCCAAGAACCUCUAAUAAACUGUUUAUUAAUCUUAAGCAGCCUUGAAAAUCUUUUUUUGCAAAAUGAUUGAUGAUACGAAUUGCUGAUAAUUCUUACUGCAGUCAGUGGACGUUCUUUAAAUGAAAACACUUUAUAUUUUACAGGGACACUGCAGGACAGGAACGGUUCCGGAGUCUCAUUCCAAGCUACAUUAGGGAUUCCUCUGUGGCAGUCAUUGUUUAUGACGUUGCAAGUAGGCAUUCAUUUCUGAACACGUCUAAGUGGAUCGAAGAGGUGCGUACUGAGCGGGGAAGCGAUGUUAUCAUUGUACUGGUUGGAAACAAGACCGAUCUUGUGGACAAAAGGCAAGUUUCAGUAGAGGAAGGAGAAGCUAAAGCUCGUGAGAUGAAUGUCAUGUUUAUCGAAACCAGCGCCAAGGCAGGUUUUAACAUCAAGGCCCUGUUUAGAAAGAUUGCUGCAGCACUGCCAGGGAUGGAAACACUUUCAUCAACAAAGCAGGAAGAUAUGGUUGAUGUGAACCUGAAGUCCUCAAACGCAAAUGCAUCCCAGAAUCAAGGCCAGUCAGGAGGAUGUGCUUGUUGAGAGCUGCUUUUGCGCGUGGCUGGAGGUCUUUAUUCAGUCUCUGUAAAGCAACCAGAAGCUUUGUGACUCCCCAUUUGUUUCCUCCGAAUCGGUUGGUUUUCGCUCAGGUUCGAUUAAGAAAGUAAAUUUUGUAAGAGAGGACAGUAUUGGCGUCUGUAGUUGACCUGUAUCAUAUGAUACGAGUGGGGAUUAGGGGGAAAGAAAAACGCACCUGUGCUCGGAGUUCUUGCUAUUUAGUGUUACAAAACUAAAGAGAGUUUGCUGUUUAGUAUAUAUACAUUUAUGAAGACAAAAAGGAUUUUGCUCUAUAAUGUGGUUUUUGUUUUGCUCAUUGUAGGUGAGUGGUACUUUGAGUUUUGACUCUUCCCUAUUUACAUUUUCUUGAGAAGUAAAUUUUGCCUAUUUCGUGUGGAUAUGUUUAAGAUUUGAUGAAGUUUCCUUUUUUAGGUUGCGUUUAAGCUACAACCCCUACUUCCGAGAUGGAACCUCUAUUCAGUUUGGUGGUGAUAAAUAAAUUGGUGGGUUCUUGG